AGUAAGAGGUUUAUUUUGGAUGACUGACAGCUUAUAUUAAUCUGUGACACUUCUGUGUACUGGCUGCGAUUUAGCCAAAGAUAAACGGGUCCAGCCCGUGGCCAGACUUCUCCAGCCCACAUGAAUGUAUCUUAAAUGUGAACGUGCAAACCGAGACCCUGGUUUAAUUUUCGUAUGACAUCAGUCAAGUUUAUCCGCACAAAGGAAGUUUGCAUUUUCUUUGUCAGGCUGGAAAAGACAAUAUUUGCAUGAACAACAGAGCUUUAAAGGUGAUCCCGUUGCAUUGCACUGUUAUAAUUCCAGGUAUUAGACGUUUGUCUGGUUUACCUUGAAUUCGGCGUAAACUAUUCACACGUCGCUCAUGGGAACAGCACAGACACAAAGCUGAUGAUUAACAUCUCCUCGAUCAGCUGCCCUGAGGUUACCGCGGUUACUCUUCUUCAUGUGUUUAAACUGUUUAGAGAGGGACAUUUUAAAAGGGAUGUUUCUAUCGGUGCCACAGGACGGAGGAGAAUGUGAGAAUUUUUCUUUAUGGUUUUUAAUUUAAUAGACAAGUUUGUAGCUUGUGAUGCUGAUUGUGGCGACUGCUGAAGAAAGAGAUGGAGCCAAGCUGUGACACUGUGGACAAUGUUGCAGAACUUGAAGAAAACCAAACGCACCACAGACGCGUUCAGCCCUCAGGUCAUAUAGCUUUUAAGAUGAAGGGAUCUAAUAUUACUGUUUUUCUGAAGAGAAAUGCUUUUGCUCUUCUCACAGUGGCCGCUGUUGUAUUAGGAACUGGCUUGGGCUUUGCUCUGCGACACAUUAGUAUGUCAGCCAGGGAUAUAAAAUAUUUAACGUUUCCUGGAGAGCUGCUGAUGAGAAUCCUGCAGAUGUUGGUGCUUCCCCUCGUCGUUUCCAGUCUGAUCGCAGGUGUGUCAUCUGUAGACAGGAAGGCUUAUGGUAAAAUUGGGCUAAGGGCCUUUAGCUAUUACAUGAUCACCACAGUUAUUGCUGCAUUCACUGGCAUCGCUCUAGCUGUUCUCAUCCAGCCAGGGAAAUCCUCCAGGGAUACUGCAGCGCCCUCUGGUGGUGAAACAGAGCCUGCGCAAAGCGCGGACGCCUUCCUGGAUCUCAUCAGAAACAUGUUCCCCUCGAAUCUGGUGGAAGCCUGUUUCAGAAAGUAUAAAACAGUUUAUUACCAGAGUAGCUCUACAGAAGACCAUCUUGGUAUCGUCAGCAUGACCGAGAUCAGACCGACGCCGGGCACGUCCGACGGCAUCAACAUUUUAGGCCUGUUAGUCGUCUCCUUCGCCUUUGGUCUCAUCCUGAGCAGCAUGGACACUCGGGGACGACCUCUGAGGGAUUUCUUUGACUGUCUGAAUAAAGCUAUUAUGCAUCUGGUUAACAUAGUCAUCUGGUAUUCCCCGGUGGGAGUCCUCUUCUUGAUUGCAGGGCAAGUUGUGAAGAUGACAGACACGGGAGAGAUUGGUCGUGAAGUUGCCAUGUACACCCUCACCGUGAUCACCGGCCUCGUAAUCCACAGCUUCCUCACGCUGCCCGCCAUCUAUUUCAUCGUGACGCGUAAGAAUCCGUUUAGAUUCAUGGCAGGUCUCCUCCAGGCCCUCAGCACCGCCUUUGGGACUUCAUCCAGUUCUGCAACGCUACCCGUGACCUUCCAUUGUAUGGAGGCGAACCACAACAUGGACAAACAAGUCACACGCUUCAUGCUCCCUGUGGGCGCCACGAUGAACAUGGAUGGAGCGGCCCUCUAUGAAGCGCUUGAUUGUCACAGCUGCGAGCACCGGUGCAGCAGGCAUCCCUCAGGCUGGCAUGGUGUCCAUGUUGAUUGUGUUGUCGUCAGCUGGCCUGCCCACUGAAGACAUAUCGCUGCUGAUGAUGGUGGAUUGGAUUCUAGAUCGUCUGAGGACGGCUACUAAUGUCCUGGGUGACUGUAUCGGUGUCGGUGUGGUGCAGCAUCUGUCUAGACAUGAGUUGCAGAGCUCCGGGCCUGCUGAACAAAGCCGGAUUUAAGAAAGCUCUCCGAUGCAUGGAGCA